AUGAGGCCUACAGGAAGCCUGCUCAAGGGCCGAUCCGUGUGGAAAGGACCUCACAUUGUUCCUCUGCCAAUCGUUCGCCCCAAGCCCGGCGAAUGGGCCAAGCCCAUCAAGACCCAGGCACGAGCCGCCACGAUUCUUCCUAGCUUUGUCGGCCUCAAGUUCGCCGUGCACAAUGGCAAAGUCUACAACGAGGUCACGAUAACUGAAGACAUGGUCGGACACAAGCUUGGAGAAUUCUCUGCGACGAGAAAACCAUUUGUCUGGGCAAGAGGAAAAUAA